CCAUACUGAUCAGUGCACUGUUGGUCCACACGUUCACCACUGCUGGUCCAGAUCAGCUGUUUUGGUGCUUAACCCUUCGAACACUACCCAACAUUGUGCUCUCCCAGACUUUAAAAAAAAAAAAUUACAUGACCUUUUUUCUAGUUAAACAUCACAAAUUUACAAACAAAUUGGACAGUGACUGACUGUGGGAUAUUACAGAGGAUUAGAGGUGCUAUCUGUCUGUGGGAACUGCUAGUUGGGUGGUGUUGGUUUUAAAGUCUGUAAAUCCAACCAGACAGGUUGCAGGUAGGUGUGUCUUUCGAAGGGUUAAUGAAUUAUGUAUACUGAAAUGUUUUAAAUAGCCAGGCAGGCAGUCAAAACAUGAGCGCUCUAGAAAUGAAAGUAAUUACUUGUCAGAAAAGCAUCUUUAAUUUGCAUGUAUUUAGGUAGCGCCUUAUUAAGUAAAAACAAAGCACUGCUAAAAGGAAGAGCUUUAUGGAGGCUCUGGGAAGCCAAUGUUGUUAUUUAAAACUCUGUUACUAGAGGUAAACAGAUGAGUGUUUCUCAACAAGACAGCCAGGCUGGUGGCAGUUUACUUUAAUAGCAAACUUUAUAGUUUGUUUUUUUUUUUUUGUUUUGUUUUGUUUUUUUGCCCUUUUUAGAUAUAUCUUUAUUUGAGCUGCAUUGCAUUUGCUAACACCAUAUGACUGUAAAACGUUUGGUGUUGCUGUGGCCUGCUAGCAUUGUAGUUGCAUAUUUAAUUCAUUGCUAAUAAACUGAUGGUUAAAAAGAGCGGAAAGUGUGUAUUAAGUAAACUUGUACGCACUAUUUGAUAACUUCACAUGGAGAAAUUUUUUCAAAUAUACAUAGCAAGGAACGCGGUCAGCUUAGGAAUUCAGUUAUACGCUGGAUAAAUCACCUUGCAUGUAGCAGAUUUCAAACAGGAACAUCCUCUAUAUAAGUGUUGUGUAAAUAUAUUUCUAUUUUAUCUUUAAAAUAGAAAUAUAUCUUAAAGAAUCUGUGUACAAACACUCCACAGCCCCAUACUAACUGUGCUUAAUUUCUCUCCUACAGCAGUACUGCUAUGCCAGUCCUGUCUGCACUCUCUUAAGGGUGCAGCACCUCAUCCUGUGUAGGUUAUGGUGAACAAAGAGAAGAGAGUUUAUCAGAUUUAGGAAUAUUUUGUGUGGGGAGGGGGGCUGGUUUCAACAACUCUCUGUACCCAAAGUUCUGAUAUAGUAAUCAUACAAACUUCCUCUCAACCUCAUCCCUCCCCAUUUUGUCAUUUCUAAUUUAUUUUGUCCAACUCAUCCUAUUUUUGUUUAAUUUUAUUUUUUCAACAACAAAAAAAAUUCAAGAUCCAGAUAUCCAAAUCUACCUCUUUAAAAUGCACAUAGGUGCUUUAACACAAUUUUUCCAUUCCCCUAAUGGUAUAAAUCUAGUUUAACACAUCAUUAAUAUUGCUUUGUAAUUCUAAUUAGAGCUGUAGUCUUAUAUGAGGUUUGAGUACAGUGAGUGACAAGGGCAUCACAGGUGCUAUACUGUUGUGUGUGAGUUCAAACCAUUUUCCAAAGUGUUACUAAUGGUAAAGAGCAAUUUUCUAGGCUUCUUUUCUGCCGGUUGAAGUCUGACUGCAGAUGGACCCUUGGCACUGAAAGUGGGGCAAAACGCCAGAUCCCAAGAUGCCUGCCAGGUCGUACAUGGAUGUGAUGAAGGAGCAGCAUCUUUCUAAAGAAGAGAGAGAAAUCAGGCUGCAGAUGGCAGAAAAGGCAAAAUCAGGUGACCUGAAAGCAGUCAAUGGCUCUGCUGCGUCUCAAGCUGCUGCUCCCAAACGCAAGCGUCGGUGGGACCAGACUGCUGACCAGACCCCAAGCGCUACUCCCAAAAAAGUGUCCAGCUGGGAUCAGGCAGAUGGCUCAGCAGAGACACCAGGACACACACCCGGACACACGCCUUCAAACAGUCGCUGGGAUGAGACGCCUGGUCGUCCCAAGGGUAGUGAGACUCCUGGGGCCACCCCCAGUACACGCAUGUGGGACCCCACACCCAGCCACACGCCUGCUGGUGCUGCAACGCCUGGCCGAGACACCCCUGGCCACGCCACACCCGGCCACGGUGGUGCCACGUCCAGUGUGCGCAAAAACCGCUGGGAUGAGACACCAAAGACAGAAAGAGAGACACCUGGACAUGGUAGUGGCUGGGCCGAGACUCCUCGUACAGACAGAGGGGAUGAGUCUGUGGGCGAGACCCCAACUCCUGGGGCAAGCAAAAGAAAGUCCCGUUGGGAUGAGACUCCUGCCAGUCAGAUGGGCUCCUCCACUCCUCUGCUCACCCCUGGAAAGACCCCUAUUGGCACACCAGCUAUGAAUAUGGCCACACCCACUCCAGGUCAUUUGAUGAGUAUGACUCCUGAGCAGCUUCAGGCAUGGCGCUGGGAAAGAGAGAUUGAUGAGCGGAACCGUCCACUGACUGAUGAGGAGCUGGAUGCUAUGUUUCCAGAAGGCUACAAGGUGCUGCCACCACCAGCAGGCUACGUGCCCAUCCGCACCCCUGCCCGUAAGUUAACUGCCACUCCAACACCCAUCGGCGGCAUGACUGGCUUCCACAUGCAGGCUGAAGACCGAACCACCAAACAGAUGAAUGACCAGCCAUCUGGGAACCUGCCUUUCCUAAAACCAGAUGAUAUCCAGUAUUUUGACAAACUUCUGGUGGAGGUGGAUGAGUCCACUCUGAGCCCAGAGGAGCAGAAGGAGCGCAAGAUCAUGAAGCUGCUCCUGAAAAUCAAAAAUGGCACCCCUCCCAUGAGGAAGGCUGCCCUCAGGCAAAUCACAGACAAGGCAAGGGAAUUUGGUGCUGGGCCUCUUUUCAAUCAGAUUCUGCCCCUGCUUAUGUCUCCUACCCUUGAAGAUCAGGAGCGCCAUCUGUUGGUGAAAGUCAUUGACCGCAUCUUGUACAAACUGGACGACUUGGUUCGACCUUAUGUCCACAAGAUCCUUGUGGUGAUUGAACCCUUGCUGAUUGAUGAAGAUUACUAUGCUAGAGUAGAGGGCAGAGAGAUUAUCUCCAACUUGGCAAAGGCUGCUGGUCUGGCCACUAUGAUCUCCACAAUGAGGCCUGAUAUUGACAACAUGGACGAGUAUGUGAGAAACACAACAGCUCGUGCCUUUGCUGUUGUGGCAUCUGCUUUGGGUAUUCCCUCCCUCCUGCCUUUCCUCAAAGCUGUGUGCAAGAGCAAGAAGUCGUGGCAGGCUCGGCACACAGGCAUUAAAAUUGUGCAGCAGAUUGCCAUUCUCAUGGGUUGUGCCAUCCUGCCUCAUCUGCGCAGCUUGGUGGAGAUUAUUGAACAUGGUCUUGUGGAUGAGCAGCAGAAGGUGCGAACCAUCAGUGCUUUGGCUAUUGCUGCUCUUGCAGAGGCUGCCACACCCUAUGGUAUCGAGUCUUUUGACUCUGUGCUAAAGCCCCUUUGGAAGGGUAUCAGACAACACAGAGGCAAGGGUCUGGCUGCUUUCUUAAAAGCCAUUGGAUACUUGAUUCCUCUUAUGGAUGCUGAGUAUGCCAACUACUACACAAGGGAAGUGAUGCUUAUCCUCAUUCGAGAGUUCCAAUCUCCAGAUGAGGAAAUGAAGAAGAUUGUCCUGAAGGUGGUGAAGCAGUGCUGUGGGACAGAUGGUGUGGAGGCCAACUACAUCAAAACUGAGAUUCUGCCCCCUUUCUUUAAACACUUCUGGCAGCACCGCAUGGCCUUGGACAGACGUAAUUACAGACAGUUGGUAGACACUACAGUAGAGCUGGCCAACAAAGUUGGUGCAGCAGAAAUCAUCUCAAGAAUUGUGGAUGACUUAAAGGAUGAAGCUGAGCAGUACAGAAAGAUGGUGAUGGAGACAAUAGAGAAGAUCAUGGGUAAUCUGGGUGCAGCAGACAUUGACCACAAACUGGAAGAGCAGCUUAUUGAUGGCAUUUUGUACGCCUUCCAAGAACAGACCACUGAGGACUCUGUGAUGCUGAACGGUUUCGGAACAGUGGUGAAUGCUCUGGGCAAGCGAGUUAAGCCCUACCUGCCUCAGAUCUGUGGUACUGUUCUGUGGCGUCUAAACAAUAAGUCAGCCAAAGUCCGUCAGCAGGCUGCUGACCUCAUUUCUCGCACAGCUGUGGUUAUGAAGACCUGUCAAGAGGAGAAGCUGAUGGGUCAUUUGGGUGUAGUGCUGUACGAGUACCUGGGAGAGGAAUACCCUGAAGUGCUUGGAAGCAUCCUUGGAGCCCUUAAGGCUAUUGUUAAUGUGAUUGGUAUGCACAAGAUGACGCCUCCAAUUAAGGAUUUACUUCCUCGAUUGACACCAAUCCUGAAAAACAGACAUGAGAAGGUGCAAGAAAACUGCAUUGAUCUCGUGGGCAGAAUUGCUGACAGAGGUGCAGAGUAUGUGUCUGCGAGGGAGUGGAUGCGAAUCUGUUUCGAACUGCUGGAGCUGCUUAAAGCUCACAAGAAGGCAAUCCGACGAGCCACAGUCAACACUUUCGGCUACAUUGCUAAGGCAAUUGGACCUCAUGAUGUGCUUGCCACGCUCCUUAACAACUUGAAAGUGCAGGAGCGUCAAAACCGAGUUUGUACAACAGUAGCGAUAGCCAUCGUGGCAGAAACAUGCUCACCCUUCACCGUACUACCAGCACUGAUGAACGAGUACCGUGUACCUGAACUGAAUGUUCAGAAUGGUGUGCUUAAAUCUCUCUCCUUCUUAUUUGAAUAUAUUGGUGAAAUGGGCAAGGACUAUAUCUAUGCUGUCACGCCAUUAUUGGAGGAUGCUCUGAUGGACAGAGACCUUGUGCAUAGGCAAACAGCCAGUGCUGUAGUGCAACACAUGUCUCUGGGUGUGUAUGGGUUUGGCUGUGAGGACUCUCUCAACCACUUGCUCAAUUAUGUUUGGCCUAAUGUAUUUGAAACAUCACCACACGUUAUCCAAGCCGUAAUGGGAGCCCUUGAGGGACUUCGUGUGGCUAUUGGACCAUGCCGGAUGUUACAGUAUUGCCUGCAGGGUUUGUUCCAUCCUGCACGGAAGGUUCGUGAUGUGUACUGGAAGAUUUAUAAUUCCAUCUACAUUGGCUCCCAGGAUGCGCUGAUUGCACAUUAUCCCCUUGUCUACAAUGAUGAGAAGAACCCAUACGUCCGCUAUGAGCUGGAGUACUUUCUGUGAAUACGUUUAAACUUGUGCACUCUUCCUUUUUGUUUCUUUUAUUCUAUAGACAUGGUUUAUAGUACUUUGUCAGUUUACUUUUAGUUAUGUUGGUUUGCAGCUUCAUCUACCACACAUGCUUGGGGUUAGCAGAUCUGUUUUAAAUUAAAGUACAGACCAUUUAAAUAAGAAAAUGAAACUACGUAUUUGGAACGUAAUUUUUUUUUAAACUGAAAGCAUAACCAGUUGCAGUGAAAUGUAGCGGCGGAAUUGCCAGGAAAUAUUAAGCCCGUAGUAGGAAAGUCUUGACAACCUUAUGAUGUGUAAUAAUUUCUGUGCAAUCAUCUGUUCUUACUGGAUUUUGCUUGUUAUGGCUGAAUAAACAUUUGUGUAUGAAAAGGC